AUGGAGGUGCCGCCCUACACCAUCGUCUACUUCCCUGUCCGAGGGCGCUGCGAGGCCAUGCGCAUGCUGCUGGCUGACCAGGGCCAGAGCUGGAAGGAGGAGGUGGUCACCAAGGAGACUUGGCUGCAGGGCCCGCUCAAGGCGUCCUGUCUUUAUGGGCAGCUCCCCAAGUUCCAGGACGGAGACCUCACCCUGUACCAAUCCAACGCCAUCCUGCGCCACCUGGGCCGCUCCCUUGGGUUGUACGGCCGUGACACACGGGCAGCGGCGCUGGUGGACAUGGUCAACGAUGGCGUGGAGGAUCUGCGCAAGCGCUGUGGCCACCUCAUCCACCACAACUAUGAGGAGGGCAAGGUCCAGUACGCACAGGAGCUGCCCGGCCACUUGAAGCCCUUUGAGGUCCUGCUAGCCCAGAACCAGGGUGGCCAGGCCUUCAUCGUGGGUGACCAGAUCUCCUUCGCCGAUUACAACCUGCUGGACUUCCUCCUGGCCCACCAGGUGCUGAUCCCUGGCUGCCUGGACACCCUUCCCCUGCUCUCAGCCUACGUGGCGAGGCUCACAGCACGGCCCAAGCUCAAGGCUUUCCUGGCCUCCUCCGAGCACAUGAACCGCCCCGCCUUUGGAGGUCGGAAGAUCUGA